AUGUCCAUGGAAAUACCUCCGAAGACUCUCCAGCACACAUCGGGAUGGAUGAACCAGCGAGGAUCCUGGGUCACCGGCGUCGUCAUCAUCGUCAGUCUGCGAAUAGGACUGGCGACGAUCCCGGGAAUAUCUGCCGAAGCCGCAUGGACCCUGACGAAUCUGAUCUAUAAUACGGCCUCAUAUUUUUUGUUUCACGGGAUCAUUGGAAUGCCAUUCGCCAUCAACGAGGACGAGUACAACAAUCUGACGCUCUGGGAACAAAUGGACAGCGGCAUCCAGUUCACCCCGACAAAAAAGUACCUGACAGCGGUGCCGAUCGUGCUGUUUCUGCUAAGUACCCACUAUACACAUUACGACUUUCCGACCUUCAUGAUCAACCUGACGUCGCUGAUGGUCGUAUUAAUUGCGAAACUGCCGCAAAUGUACAAAGUCCGGCUGUUUGGCAUCAACGAGGGCUUCCCUGUCCAAGACAAAUAG